AUGGCCUAUUCGUCUCGGUCGACCAUGUUGCCCGGAGCCGGGCUUCGCCAGCCUUCUCAGCCUUCGUCGGCGUUGGCCACCCGUAUCGCGGCCAAAAAGGCCGAGCUGGACAAUCUACGACAGCUGCGGGAUUUGAAGUGGGACGUUGGCCAUGCAAAUGCAAGCCCUCGAGAUGGAUCUCCCACUGAGUCCACUGGACCCGAGACAGACGAAUCUCCGUCUCGCUUACCAGCCACUUUGGUUCGCAUCCCCGCUGAGCAUCGCGACAAGACUGGCGAAUGA